UUUUUUUUGCAAAAACAAUUCUACUCCGCCAUUCAACUCAUAUACCACUUUUUACGCUUAAGGCCGUAGUUAAGAACACUGUCGCGAAAAUGGUCGAGAAGGUCUACGUCACAUACAACCAGGUCCACAAGCUCUGCCAAGAGGCAGCAGACCAAAUCCUCAAUGAGUUCCAGCCCAACCUUAUGAUCGCCAUUGGCGGUGGUGGUUACGUCCCUGCGCGUAUCCUCCGUUCUUUCCUCAAGAAGCCUAACAGCCCCAACAUCCCCAUCCAGGCCAUCGGUCUCUCCCUUUACGAACAACUCGGCUCGGGUCCCGACUCUGAGGUCGAAACCCCCGGCACAAAAGUAACACGAACCCAAUGGCUGGACCUCUCCUCUCUCGAGAUGGCCAACCUGAUCGGCAAAAACGUCCUCAUCGUUGACGAGGUAGAUGACACACGCACCACCCUCGAAUACGCCGUCCGCGAGCUGGAGAAGGAUGUCGAGACCGCAGUCAAGAAGCUCGGCCGCGAGGGCGAGAAGACAAACUUCUCAAUCUUCGUCUUGCACAACAAGGAUAAGGCGAAGAAGGGUCAACUGCCUCAGGAGAUUCUCAAGGGCAGGUAUAGUGCUGCUAGGACAGUUGGAGAUGUUUGGAUCAACUACCCUUGGGAGGCUACCGACAUUGACGAGCAUGACCGUUUGUCGAGGGAGCAGGAGAGCAAGCAAUAAGUGUUGAUGUCGAAAGAGGACAUUGGAUAACGAGGGAAAAGCAUGAUGACAUUUAGGCAUUCGAUCGAGCAUUUACGGAUGGGAUACACUGGAGUUAUCUGGAACAAGGAUCG